CACGGGCAGGCCCCUUGACCCUUUCACUUAUACUCAUAGCUAUCUUCGCCGUGGUGCACUUGCGCUUAUGCAGUCAAUGCAAUUCUCUGCGUUCUCCCCGGCAUGCACUGACUUUACUGAAGAAGGUGAAGCCAUACCGUGCGGCGAUCCACCGAGCGGUGCGAUGUUCGAGACCGACACGAAUUCCCCUAUGGCGACUUCCGGUUCCGCUGUCCGCAGCAACGACAUGAUAGAGCAGCAAACUAGGCCACACGGCUUUCCAUCCCUUCGUGAUGCCAUACCGUCCUUUGAUGAUAACCAGGACGAGGCGGGUUCGUGGGGCGAUGAGGGCAUUCUGCCGCCCGUUGUCGAGCAAGAUGAAGUGCACAGCGGCAGAUCCCUGUUCGCUCCCGUCGGCUCAUGGCUGUCAUCCGUGGGUCUCCGCAACGUCGUUCGUCCCUCGAAGCCCCGCGCAGGUCCAAAGGCCAUGCUUAUGAAGCUCACGAGACGGCGUCGGAGGUCGAGCUCAACGAGCUCGUCGCAUCAUCACCUGCUAGCAUCGCCAGGAAAUUCGGAUGGCACGCGCAUGUCUGUUCCCUCGACGCCUCCGCGCUCGACACUGUCUUCGGCGGCGGGUGACAGUCCGCCCAGGUCCAGUACCCGGAGCGCACGGAAGUUCUACAAGAGCGUGUCUAGGGGCUCGGAGACGUCGGUGCUGAAGAGCUGGGACAGCAUAUCGCAGCAGAUUCGCUCCCAAGCGUCCAAGAGGCGUAAAGUCUUCUCGCGCAAGAAGGCCCUGCAGACAUUAGGGCCAGAAGCCAUAUCUGCGUUCUCGUCUGCGAACAGUAGUGACGACAUGAAGGCCCGAUAGUACGGACUAGGUGGCGCGAGCUUCUUGGGAUGUUGCCAGAGAACGCUUAUGCUACGCAAGUGCUGUUAUGUAUGGUUGUAGGCAGGUCCCUGCUAUACAAUUGGAGCUACACUAUCGUGAGGCAUUCG